AUUAGUCUCCCCUAAACUUUUCGGGGCCACUCUUAAAAAUGCCAGGAUAAUUAUGCACAAACUUUCGUUUAAAAGAUCCGCCUUUGUUAGAGCAAAUCUAUGGCGAUGUCAUUCUUUCUCCCCUUUCUUCUCUUUUUUUUUUGAGCUACGGUACUUCAAUCAUACACUUGUUUUUAAUGUAAAUAUUUUUCAAAUUCUAUGGGUAGUUUAGAUAAAUACUCUGUUUCCUAUCAGAAAUUAGAGAAGUUGGAAGUUGCUGAUCAGGAGUUGGUCAGAAGAUUUUAGCAGACUGUGGACGCAAUUUGAUUUUGAAGAUUGAAAGACAACAAAUUUGCAGUAACUAUUGGAAGCUGGCAUUCCAAGCUCUGAGCCUUAUUUUGAAUUCAAUCAAGAGCCAACUACGGAUAUCAAUCACAUGAAAACACAAUUGUUGGCAUGGAGUACUGCUCAAGUUAGCCGGGUAGCUAAUAUUGAUGGUUAUUCCUAGCCGUUCAUCUUGAAUUUGGUCUCAUCGGGAAUUGUUUUUGUCCAAGCUGUCAAAUUGUAUAUAGAUAGAGUUUACUGUGAAGAUGAACCAUCAACGUGGAGGAGAAGAAGAAGAAGAUGGAAAAAAACAAUCACUGAAAGUAAUAUUCAGAAAACUAGAUUUGGAGAAAAGAGACCCUUACUUGGAGUCAGAGACUAAAGUUACUAAAAAGCACAACGGUAGUAUAUUCAGAGUCGCGAAUCAUAUCAAAGAGCAAAAUCCAAGUGCUUACGAGCCGAAACAUGUAUCAAUAGGUCCAUAUUAUUACGGCAGAGCUCAGCUGAAGCCUAUGCAGAUCCACAAGGAAAGAUCACUAACUCAUUUUCUCAAGAGAUCAAAACCACCCUUGCAGUCCUAUCUAGACAAAUUAAUGGAAGCUGUGAGGGAAUCUUAUGAUGAGCUUGAUAAGAUGGAAGAAUGGACAGAUGACGAUGAAUUUGUUAUGCUCAUGAUGUUUGAUGGUGUCUUUCUUCUCGAGUUUUUAAGCAUCUCAAGGGGUCAUCAGAACAAUAAAGAUUACGGUAGUAAUGAUCCAAUCUUCGGUGUGGACGGAUAUAGAUUGAUCUAUGACUCUUUAAUGCAGGACUUGUUGUUGUUGGAGAACCAAUUGCCUUAUUUAGUACUGUAUACGCUGCUUUCUGUUUCUCGAGAACUGCCUGACCAGAGCGUAAAGAGCAUCCUAUCCUGGCUGAUGUUUGCUCCAAAAUGUGACCCAGGCCUCCACUUGUUGGACAUGUAUAUGAAGGGAUUACUGAGAGACGGCCAAUACACGACCAACUGGGAUGAAAUGAUCGUGAAACACUCUGCAUCCGAGCUACAUAGAUGCGGCAUCCAAUUCAAAGGGGUACAGAGUGUCCACGGGAUUGAGUUCGACAUGACCACUGCAACACUUAAGCUUCCUCCCAUCAUAAUCAAUAAACAGACUCUAUCCACAGUUCUAAAUUUGAAAGCCUAUGAAACUCGCAUGGGCAAAAACAGGGAGUAUAACUCUUACAUUCACCUCAUCAAUUCUCUAGUGGAAUCUAGCAAGGAUGUUAUGUUGCUCCAGUCCAAAGGCAUCAUAGUUAAUGCUUUUGGUAGCUACGAGGUUGUUGCGGAUAUAGUGAAGGAGUUCUCAAAGAACACAGUGGUAGAUAUAAACAGUAUGUCUGCUGUAGUUGUUCAGCAAAUGGACAAGUAUUACAACAAAAAUACCAAAAAGAAGUGUUGGAGAUUGCUGAGGUAAAAACAUGGAAGGCAAGAAAUUGAUGAUGGCUGAGGCCGGUGCACAGGAGAGCCUACCAAGACACCAUACUCGCCUUAAUAGAGAUUGUCAUCUGAAGACUCAAGGCCUAGGGUCUCUAUGGAGCGAUGGACAAAGUAAACAGACUUUUGCAUCCGUUUUGAUAUUCAAGAUUGUUUUCUUUCCCUCGUGAGGUAACGGGACUUUCGAAGAUGAAACAACCUUUUCACGGGUCAAGGUGUUUAAUUAUCCUUUUGCAGAUUGGCUGUUCAGUUGGGAUGGUCUUUUCGGAAACCACUGUAAUUUAUCCGUUUCGUUUUUUGUUUCUAUCUUUUCCUUUGUAACUAGCUAUUUCUUUUAUGUUUUUCCUGGUGCUUCCUACUUUCUUAUGGUUGAGAUCUCCUCUUCCAUUAGCUUUUUGUUAUAGAAUAGAGACUUAGAAUCUACAUAAGUUGAAGAAAAAUUUGUACGAAUGGGAGACUAAAAUAACUCGUUAAGUGUCUAUGUAAGGUUUUGAGAUCAAGGAUUAAUCUUUAAAAACCUACAUAAUGGGUUUAUGA